UCACAUGUUCGACGUGAAUGAAUAUCAACCCGUACAUGUCGUCUGAUACGUAACGAGUCAAAAGAAGAAUAGAAAACUGUAUAUUCCAAAUUAGCUAAUCAAAGAAACGAAAUAUUUUUUGUAUAAUUCCUGUCUUUUUCGUGUGUUUAGUGCAGGCGCAAUUCCACUGUGCCACUUAAGCGUUCUCUUUCGUGCUUUUACGCUGCAUACAUUCUGCAUAAAACCGCAAUUCUCGAAAAGUCAAUGAAAAUUGCAAAUUGGUGCAAAUUUAAGUGCUGGUGAAAAGUGUUAAUGCGUAAGGGCAGCGCUCAAAUCCACUGGGCGAAGUGAAAGGUGCAUACAUUGUUUAUAUGCUACAUACAAACACGCUUACAUAUAUGUAUGUGUAAAUGUGUGUUUGUGAUUCCUAAGCUGUGUCUGUGCUGUGUUUCAUGAGUGAAUUGGAAAAUUCGUAAAGAAAAAUUAUUCGCAACAAAUCUGUUCAGUGCGUAUGAAGAAUAAUAUUUCCGACCACGUUGUGUUGAAUUUGUCAUAGAAAGAAGCAAAAAUAACAAUAACAAAAAACGUGCGCGUGCUACAACAAUAACAGCUGGCAAAAAAAAAUCGACGAAAGCUACCAACAAACGCUCGAAGUUCAGUUCGGGCGCGCAAAACAUAACAACAGUAAUUCGUGUCGCUGGCGAAGUAAACAGUGUGCUUGAGUGCGUGUUGUUGCAGCAGCGAGUUAACCUUCAAGGAAAAAGCGAAGAUAACGUCUCAACCGCCGAAGUAGUGCUAGAAACAACAAAAGAGAGCAAACACUCAAAAUUGAAAGUUUGUAAAAGAAAUUAAUAACAAACAACAACAAUUGUGCUGAAGAAGUCGAAAAUAGGUUAAAAAGUGUUUGGUGUCGAUGCGUUGAAAUAAAAUAAAAUCCGAAAAAAGAUACACAAAUACCGAAAAAAAGUAAUGUAAAAACGCAAAACUCGCUAAAGAGCCACUAUUACUAAAAAAGCAACAACAAAAGUAAAAAAAUUAAAAGCUCGUCUGUGUAGAAUUUACCCUACCUCAAUUAUUUGUUUAAGUGUAUGUGUGUAGAGAUUCGAGAUCGAGUGAAAAAGAGAGGGAGAGAGAGAGACCAACGAUCGAGUGAGCAUUUAAAAGUGUAGAGAAGACGCAAAGUCAACACAAGAUCAGACGGUAAAGGUGAAAGCGGAAAGUGAAAUUAAAAAAAGUCAACACCGAAUAAAAAGUAAAAACACAAGAUAAAUUAAAAGUAUUAAAAACAAAAAUAAAAACAACGAUUCAGCUUUCGUUGUGUGGUGAGCGGCAAAUUGCGCAGUCCGUACACUAACGGACUCACACAUAACGACAAUUUGUUGACUACCAAAAGCGGCUACCCAAAGCACUUAGCCACAGCUAACUAUUUCACCAGAAACAACAGCCAUAGCAGCUGAUCAACAUACCAACAAUAACUACAUACAGUGUGUGCCGUGUAUAGUGAAAAUAGAAACUGAGAGAGUAGAGCGGAUGAGUGGCUGAAAAAAAGCCGGCUACGGCGGUAAUUUUCAAGUUUUUGAAGAUCACAGUUUUAAAAUAUACGGUGUAAGAGUCGAACGCGCGUUAAACGCAGUGACGAAAAGUUGUGAACAGUGUAAAGUGCGCUAUACGAAAAUUCGAAAUACAUUCGAACAACAAGUGUAGUGUAUGCAAAGUGUAUAAACACGUAGUGUUUUGAAAAUUUACGAAAAUUCGAAAAUUUAAAGUUUCGAAAUUCAAGUUCGAAUUUUCGAAGUUCAAUUACAAAUUUUCGAAAAUCAAAUUAACUUAUCUCCAGCAAAUCUGAGUUGUUUUUGUGCAAUUUAUAGCAAAAUUUGCGAAAAAAAUACAACAACAAUAACGGGUAAAGCACAAUAACUUUGCAGUUGGCUCGUGUCGGUAUCGCGCGUGUGUGGGUGACACGGUGUCUGUAGGUUUGUGCGCGCUUAAGUGCAUGAGUGCGUUUGGAAGACGUUUACGAAAAAACAAAUCAUGGUAGAUAACAACAACAAAGCAACGUUGGCGACAACAAGUACAGCAACGACAAAGGCAACAACAACAGCGAAUACAAAGCAACAACGCCAAACGGUUGGUGCCGGUAACACAGCGUCGUUGAGUCCAAUAAGUAGUGCACAGCAGCAACAACAAAAUCAGCAACCACAACAACAAAAACAGGAAAAGUUCGAACAACAGCAAAAUAUUGUCACAAAGAAGAGCAACAAAAACAAAAAUCAGAAAAAGUGUGACAACAAAAGCAGUGAAAAACUGAGCAAUGAUAGAAUUGAAGACAACUACAAUAACAACAACAAUACCAGCCAGCAAAACAACAACAACCCCAACCCCAACAUUAACGGUGAUGUUGGCGUAAAGGAAGAUAACGACAACAACAACCCAUUAACAACAAAAACAAUUAAGACUGUGUCAACAACAACAACAAUCACAGCAAGCGCGUCAAUCGUUUCCGCUACAGAUGCUGACAGCAAGCAGCCGCCAGAGGUCGGCAGUUGCAUCAGCGCCGAUGCAAACGACAAUGAAUUUGAGAGCGCUGCGAAAGAACGCCAGUUGCCAAGCAAAGCGGCAACAAGUGGCAAGAACAACAACAACAACAACAGCGACAGCAAUCGUUACAAUAACAACAAAAAUGCGAAAACACGCAAUGCCAAGCAAAAGCCACAAGCAACCGACAAGCAGGCUGUUAGCCAAAAUAAUCGGAACAGCAACAACAACAAAAACAACAAAAGUCAAAAUGGCAAAGUGUUUACGAAUAGCAAAAACAACAACAAGACUAAUUGGAAGCGUGUUGAGAAGCGUAACAGCAUCAUUUUCAGCACCAAUCAUCACUACAGCAACUACAAUAGCAAUGAUAACAACAACACAAUUAAAAACAACAAAUAUCCUACACAGAAUUCCAAUACGCCUAGCAUUAUGACCGAUGACGAUGAUGAUUAUCGCGACAUAACCGAUACCGAGUCGGUGCGUUCCAACGAUUGGCCACGCAAAUACUCACGUCCACAACAACAUCAACAACAACAGCUAAAACAAAAACAGCAGCAACAACAAAGUGCUAAAAAACCAAGUGCCAGUGACUUAUUGACAGCCGCCCUAAUGGUGCCCUGUGAAAAGUGCAACAAAGUGAAAGUACAAGUGCAACAACAACAAGGCUCUAAUUCAAAUAUGUCCUCAUAUUCGAAUAGUUCGCGUCAAUAUCGUAAAUCCAAAUCGUAUAUGGGUGAAUGUGCCGCCGAAGAGACAGGUGGUAGCGGGCGCAAUUCUGUGGCAUCUGUUGAAAAUUGGCGUAAUCCCAGCGGUAAUAGUGGUAAAGCUAACCGCUAUCAACGUUCGUUGAGCGAUCGUCGCUCUUCGUUUGAUCGCAUGUUUGCCGAACGCAAUAAGGAUUUCGUGCCAAUUGUCCAACCAACCCGUCCAAUGCUUGCUUCGUCGAAUAUCGAAUGUGUUCUUACAGAUACCGAGAAAAUAGUGCUCAUCGAACGACUGGGGAAAGGACGUCAGACAUAUCCAUUAAUGCAGUGCGGGACCCUAGACGCACACUCCGAAUCGUCAUAUCACUAUCAACAGCGUUCGAACAGAAUGGAUGUCUAUCAAAUUGACGACGGUUUCCACUCGGACGGUGGCACUGAGACGCCACCACCCUCACCCAGUUCGGGUUCAUCGAUAGCCUCGGCUUCGGAUCAUGGCUCAUUGGAGAGUGUCGACACGGGCGGUACACAACGUUUGGCCGUACUCUCAUUCGAACAGGUGCGUAAAUUGCACGAUGUCAUGGACGAAAAAGUGGCCAUACAUGGACGUGGUAAUUUCCCCACACUCGAAGUACCGCUCAAAGACUUGGUCAAUAUGGUACGACGCAAAUUGGAGGCAGAUGUUAGUGUGGGCGGUGCCGGUGUGAUAGUCAAGGAUGUGCGCUUGAAUGGUGGCGCAGCUAGUCAUGUUUUAGCUUCCGAGGAUCAGCCAUACAAUGACUUGGACUUGAUCUAUGCCAUUGAAUUGACAUCGACACGUCACUUUGAUCGCGUCAAAUCGGCCGUGCUCAAUACAUUGUUGGACCUCUUGCCGGAGGGUGUGUGCAAACGGCGCAUUAUGCCGUGCGCUUUGAAGGAGGCUUACGUCGGCAAGAUGGUCAAAGUGAAUAAUAAUAAUGACGGUGAUCGUUGGUCACUAAUAUCGCUUGGCAAUUCGCCAGGUCACAAGAAUGUCGAACUGAAAUUUGUCGACACAAUGCGACGUCAGUUCGAAUUCUCAGUGGACUCAUUUCAAAUCGUUUUGGACUCGUUGCUACUGUUCUACGACUGUGCCGCCUUACCCAUAUCGGAGAAUUUCUAUCCGACCGUGGUCGGUGAGUCGGUAUAUGGCGACUUUCAGGAGGCGCUCUAUCAUUUGCAAAAGAAAUUGAUCUCAACACGACAGCCGGAAGAGAUACGCGGCGGCGGUUUGCUCAAGUAUUGCAAUCUCUUGGUGCGCAAUUAUAAGCCAGUCGAUCCGCAACAUAUCAAGACCCUAGAACGUUAUAUGUGCUCACGAUUCUUCAUCGAUUUCCCCGACAUCAAUACGCAGACCAAGAAACUGGAGGCGUACUUGUCCAAUCACUUCUGGGGCGUUGACGAGGAGCCUCUACAAUAUCAGUACCUGAUGCAUUUACGCGAAGUCGUCGAAAUGUCUACGGUGUGCCUGAUGGGGCACGAGCGGCGGCAGACCAUGUUGCUCAUACAGAAUUUGGCCACGAAUGUGCUCUACAAAGAGCAGAAGAAGCAGCAACAGGCGCAGGAGCAAUAUCAACAACAGCAGCAACAACAACAUCACCUACAUCACCAUCACCAUCCACAACAACAACAACAGCAGCAGCCAGUCGAUGUGCAAACAACACAAGCACAACAGCAGCAACAGCAACAGCAGUCACAUCAACAAGUAACGCUGGUCACAGCACCGCACCAACCACAACCACAACAAUUGCAAGCGCCGCAAACACAGACAAUCUACUUGCAGGCGGCGCCGACAGCGUCACCACAAACAACAACAGCGACCAUCUGCUGUACGACAGCCACCGGCGAGCAGCAGCAACAACAAGUGCAAGUACAGCAACAGCCACAAGUGCAGGCGAUACAGACGCACGCCGCGGUGGCCCAGCCGACGACCACCAUUCUCGUCUAUAACGGCGUCUACUAUGCACCUGUGAUUCCGGCUAUUUGCACAUGCAACCAGACGUGGUUGAGCACGUGAUUGACGAACGAGCCGGCGACGGGGCAAACAGACGCAACAACAACAACAACAGUA